CACAAUUUGAAUAAGCUGUGGACUUGCAAGCCCAGGUGCCAGGAAUAGAUUGGGCAAUUGUUGCGUGACAAGUGCUAAACGGCUAGGCGGCCGGACUGGACAGGCAAUCUCUGGCCUUAUAGGCCGGCCCUGGGGCGCGUGCUCCAUGCAGCCCACGGCCGGCACUGCCGGAACCCCGGGCGCAACUGCGGGUGCCCACAUCGACCCCCCUGCCCUAAGCAGCCCUGACGGCAACGCGGUAGUGGAGGGUCCCCCUCCAGCCACAGCGCCCCCAGAUGCCGUGGAUGCAGAUGCUCCUCACUCCAUCCUGCAGCGGGCCUUCCCGCCCGAAGGUGACGCCUCGGCACGCCCCUGCCUCAUCGACUUGCGAGACGCAUCCGCGUUCAUGGGCUCCCGCCUUCGUGACAGCUUCAACGUGCCGCUGGAAGCGCUGGUUCCGCGCAUGUUCAUUCUUCCGGAUCGUGCUACGCCACUGGGACUGAUCGUUGGCGGGCCUCCGGAGCAGCAGAAGGUGUUGGGCGCGGCGGCCGGCGGCGGCACGAAGCAGGAAGUGGAGGUGGGCGCCUUCCUGUCCUCGCGCGGCUGGCGUGUGGCUUUCUGCGCCGAGGCCACCCCGCUGCUGUGGCGCGCCGCGGAGGAGUCGGGCCUGCUAGAGGUGGGCGGCGACCCGGUGCAGCUGCAGCGGCGCUGGCCCUUCCAGCCCUCCAAGCUGCUGCUGCAACAGGCACCGCUGCUGGAGGAGCUGCUGGUGCGCAGCUGGGCGCAGCAGCAGCUGGCGCCGCAGCGGCGGACUGCUGCUGCCGGGCAGGAAGGGCAGGUGCAGGAGCCGCCACACGACGAGGUGGCGGGGGGAGGUGCAGCCGGCCAGCAGCAGCAGGCGGAGAAGCCGGGGCAAAGCUGUCGCACCGCGCCGGGGCUGCCGCGCGCGCCCAAGCUCACGUUGCGGAUGCUGGACGUGGGCUGCGGCAGCGGCCGAGACCUGGCCUGGCUUUCCACUCGGAGGUCCACCGUGACCGUGACGGUACCCGCAGCCGAGCCUUUGGCGGAGGAGCCCAGCUCAGCCAACGCCGCGGCGGCGGCAGCGGAAGGUAGUGGCAGUGGAAGCGGAGCCUCUGCGGUGGAGCCCAGCGGGCGAGAGGUGGAGGUGGAGGUGGCGUGGGAGUGCGUGGGGCUGGACUCGUGGCAUGGCGCGUUGCAGCGAGCGGCCGAGGUGCUGGACCUGGGGGCGGUGCCGACGGGCCCGGGCGGGGUCACGCUUCACUUAGUGCAAAUCGGCGGCUCGGCAGGAGCAGCAGCAGCAGCAGGUGGUGCCAGCACCGUGGACGCGGCAACGGGCGCAGCACCCGGGCCCACGUCCGGAGCGAGCGGGUGUCCGCUGCGACCGCUGCCGUUGCCGGGUACAGGGCCCGGCGGAGGCAGCGACGGCGGCGGCGGCGGCGAUGGCGGGGGUGGUGCCAAGGGGCCGCCGGCUAAGAAGGCCAAGAAGGGGACCGGUGGCAAGGGCGCGGAGUUGCUGCUGCGCUACCUGGCGGGGCGGAGCGGCACGGACCGGAUUUGCAACGGCGGCGGCGACGGAGCAGCUGCCGCGACAGGCGCUACCGCGGUGUCAGCGUUAGCUCGGCCGGCGGUACCUGUCGUGCCAGCCACUGCGCAGCCGAGUUUGCCGCCUGCGCCCAUCCCGCCCGGCUUGGGGCCGGACAUCGCACCCGGCGCCGAACCUGCAGCCGUACCCGCUGCUGCUGCGCCGCCGGACAUGUCUGCAGCCGCCGCCGCCGCACCCUCUUCGUCGCCGCCACCGCCCGACCUGGGCGGCGCCUUUGACCUCAUCCUGUGCGUUCGCUUUUUGGAGCGCUCCUUCCUCUCACACCUGCCGCGCCUGCUGCGUCCCGGCGGCGUGCUGCUGUACUCCACCUUCGUGGAUGGCCCUGGCCUUCGCGCCUUCGGCCGGCCCAGCGGGCGCGAGCACGUGCUGCAGCGCGACGAGCUGGCGGGAUCCAUGUUUGGCCCCGGGCAAGGGUUCCAGGUACUGCGGGAUGACAUUGACCUGACGGCUGACGGCCGGGAGGUAUCCAUGUUCGCAGCGCGCAAGCUCGACGCGGCCGCGGAAGCGGUGGACGCGGAGAAUGGCGAGGAGGCGAAGGAGCCGCCUGCGGCGGCGGUGGCGGGGGCAGAGCCUGCCGCGGUGGAGGCUGCGGAGCCUAAAGCGCAGGCCGCGGCGGUGGGGCCGAGCGCGACGUGAAAGAGCGGGGCGUGGGGCGUUGUGUGAAUAGGGCCAGGUUGUGGAGUGUCACAUGAUGAUGGAUUUGGGUGGCAAGGGGGUGGGAUGAGACAUGCGCGAAGCGCUCUCCUGCUGGCUGGUCGGAUGCUGACAGUCAACAUGGGCGCGGGGCACGACGCCAAGUCCUGGCAUUGUGGUGGCACGGGAGAGUGCGUGGGACAGUACCUAAAAGCGGCACUGAAGCAGUGAGAAUCGACGGACCGCAGUUGUGGCCACGAGUUUUAGCUUAUCUACGUUGUUAGCGUCUCCUUACGGGCGCUGGCGGACUGGGCACACACAUGAAGUUUGCGGCAGGCGACCCGCGUAAAGCGUUUGCCGUGAUUUUUCAUACGUUUUGCGUUAAGUACCGCAACUCGAGAACGUCUGGGUCCCCUCUCGCCUCCAUGCACACCCGGGUGCCGGGUCCGACAGCGGGCAUGUGUGAACGGCGAUAUCAC